UAAAAGUGUUUGUGUGAUUCAAAAAAAUAAUAAGUGAAAAUGCCUCCUAAAACCAGUGGUAAAGCAGCAAAGAAGGCCGGCAAAGCCCAAAAGAACAUUACCAAGGGCGAUAAGUCGAAGAGACGUACCAAGCGUAAGGAGAGUUACGCUAUCUACAUUUACAAAGUGUUGAAGCAAGUCCAUCCCGACACCGGUAUCUCCUCCAAGGCCAUGAGCAUCAUGAACAGUUUCGUCAACGAUAUCUUCGAACGUAUUGCCGCCGAAGCCUCUCGUUUGGCCCACUACAACAAGCGCUCGACCAUCACCAGUCGGGAAAUCCAGACCGCCGUCCGUCUAUUGUUGCCCGGUGAAUUGGCUAAGCACGCCGUCAGUGAAGGUACCAAGGCUGUUACUAAAUACACCAGCUCCAAGUAAAUGUCUUGAUAUUUUUCAUUUUCAUGCGUCGAAAUACUACCUUAAAAGGCCCUUUUCAGGGCCACAAAAAACAUUUCAAAAGAGAUCAUAUUUUUGUUGAAGCUACAAUUUAUCAUUAUUUAGUAAUAAACGAAUAAAAUUCCAUAAGAAA